UGAGUAAUUAUUGUCCAGGGUAUCAGCGGCCCUGUUAUACAAUGGGGCUCAUUACCAUUUUCCUGGCUUGCGCCCUAGCGCCCCUGGCGUAUGCGCAGUCGCUGUCUGCAAAUGACCUCCUUGCUCUGGCCCAGGCCGCACCAGAACGCGCCUUUCCAAUCUGGGUUGAAAAGCACGGUCGAAGUUACCGUGAGGGCAGCACGGAAUACAGCCGGCGAUUGAAUGUCUUCAAGGACAACAUCAAAGCCAUUGUAGAGCACCAAGCUAAGGAUCCUGGCGUCACGCUGGCCCUCAAUGAGUACGCCGACCUCACCUGGCAGGAGUUCUCCUCCACCCGCCUGGGCCUGCGCAUCGGGCAGCAGGAGCUGGACCGCAGAGCCUCCCAGAGCCCCGGUCUGCGCUCCUCCUGGCGCUAUGCGGCCGCGGAGGCGCCGCGAGCGAUGGACUGGCGGGACAAGGGCGCGGUCACGCAGGUUAAGAACCAGGGCCAGUGCGGCUCCUGCUGGGCCUUCUCCGCGGUGGGCGCCAUCGAGGGCGUCAACGCGCUGGCCACCGGGCAGCUCACGCAGCUAAGCGAGCAGCAGCUGGUGGACUGCGACACGGACACCAACAUGGGUUGCAGCGGCGGUCUGAUGGACGACGCCUUCAAGUACGUGCUGUCCAACGGCGGGCUGGACAGCGAGGCGGACUACGGCUACUGGAGCGGCUACGGCAUGGGCUUCUGGUGCAACAAGCGCAAGCAGGCGGACAGGCAUGUUGUGUCCAUCGACGGCUACGAGGACGUGCCGCAGGACGAGACCAGUCUGCGGCGGGCGGUGGGGCACCAGCCGGUAGCGGUGGCCAUAUGCGCGGGUGCCGGCAUGCAGUUCUACAGCCGCGGCAUCAUUUCCAGCUGCUGUGAGGGACUCAACCACGGAGUGCUGGUGGUGGGCUACAACGUCAGCAGCAGCAGCAGCAGUGACGGUGCGGGUAGCCAGCAGCAGGUGAAGGAGGGUGGAACAGCAGCAGCAGCAGCGGGGGCGGAGGCGGAUGCGGGCGGCGACUCGUUCUGGAUUGUGAAGAACAGCUGGGGCCCGAGCUGGGGCGAGGAGGGUUACUUCCGUCUCAAAAUGGGCGAGGGACCCAUGGGUCUGUGCGGCAUCGCCUCCGCCGCAUCCUACCCCACCAAGUCCCACCCCAACAAGCCCGUCCCCGAGAUCUGCGACCCCUUUGGCUGGACGGAGUGCCCCGUGGGCAACAGCUGCAGCUGCUCCUUCAACCUCCUGGGACUGCUGUGCCUCUGGCACGACUGCUGCCCGCUGUCCGGCGGCGUCACCUGCCCCGACCUCAAGCACUGCUGCCCCGCGGGGACCACCUGCGACCAGCGCCAAGGGGUGUGCGUGUCAGACGACGGCACCGCAUCCACUCCCUGGACCGAUAAGACCAAGGCAGCCGUGGCAUCCGCUGCUGAUUCUGCUGGGGGAUCUGGCGCUGCUGCUAAGGACCAGCUUGGCAAGUUGGCGAAUGCACGGAAGUCGGGUGUAGCCGGUGCGGAGAAGGGGCUGGCGGUGAAAAGCGGGGGCGGGAAGGAGGGGGGUGCGGAGCGGCAUGUCAUCCGGCCAGCGCAGUAGGCGGUGUGCUGUACAUGAGGAGGGAAAAGGAGGGAAAGAGUAGGAGCAAUUCGAAGAGAGACAUGUUAGGAAUGUGGGUUUUUGAACUGGCGAGGUGCAGGCGGGCGUGGCGUAGGUGUUGUCGCUGUCGCAUGUACAUCGUUUCUGGUUGGUAGUUUGUACAUAAAGAAGGCACCCUAUGCCUUGUGGGGUACUGACGGAAAUGCUUUCCGCCUCCUUGGCUGUGUAUGUUGCAGUGGCCGUUGGGCUGUUGGUUCAAAUUCCUUUCCAUGCACCUUUGGUACGCAAACUGUACAUUACUGGGCGUAUUGUUAUAUCCUGUAUUGCCGCUACUUUGCGUAACAACAAUCUAGGUUGCGGCGGUACAUCGGAUUGCGAACCCGGUACAUUACGGGUAUGCUGGUUUGCUAUUCGCAAGGCAUGGCCGCUCCUCUGUACAAAUAGAAGUCUGUGCCGUCGUUGAGGUUUGUACUUUAGUGCUAUUAGGAAGCGAGGAUUGUUAUUAGGGUUAACGCCGAAGGGUGUACUAGGGUGCCGGUAAGCUGGGCAUCCUGUAAAGAUAUUAUGUAAGCUGGACUUUAACAUGCAUGAAAGGCGUUCCCAAGGGAUUGAUCAUGCGCUAUGGUGGGC